ACUGCAAUCGUUUCGACAUCACCAAAUAUUGUCUUUGGGGCCGAAAAAGAGGGCCCUGGACUAUAAAGGUAGAUUCAAGCCUCCAGUACCGUCAUAUACACUCCUGGGUUCGUUCGCCCUCUUCGACUCGAUGCGGUUUCUUAGGUCGUUGGUUUCUUUCGCCGGGUACACUCAUUAUCAUGGCCGUCUGUAUCCGGCGUCUCCCGGAACCUUUCCUAUUUGUUCCCGAUGUACUUCGCCUAUUCACUUCCGCUCUGUUUCUACAGAGUCUCUCGCAAAAGAACCACUAAAGAUCCUCUUCUGUGGGUCGGACCAUUUCAGCACAGUCUCACUCAAAGCCCUUCACAAUGAGCACCUUUCCAAUGGCGAUCUUAUCCGCUCAAUAGAUGUUCUUACUCUCGAAGACAAAAGAUCUGGUCGUGGCAUGAAGACUAUUAGAGAGGGUCCGUCAACUGAGUCCACUCGUUUAAGCGAUAGAGGUUGAUCAAUUCUUGCGGGGGUGAUAGUUCCGGUCAAAUCAUUGGCCAAGUCUCUUUCUCUCCCUCGUCAUGAGGUUUGCGAAUUUGGGAGUGAUUGGAAUGUAUUUCACCCCUACCGACUCCCGCCCUUGUCUCAUGGUUAUUUAGUGGGUGUGACCGCGAAGGCUCACUGUGAAAGAGCUCCCAUAUAAUAGCUUCGGCGAGAAUAUCAACAUGUUGAUCGCCGUCUCCUUUGGCCUCCUCAUUCCCGCUCGAUCAAUCGGUGACGCAAAGUACGGUGGACUAAACGUCCACCCUUCGCUACUGCCCAUGUAAGCCCACACCAGAAUUGACCAACUUGCCUGCAGUUUUUUCUUACGCAGGCUAUCUAGGUACCGCGGUGCGGCACCAAUUUAUCAUACUCUCCUCGACCAGCAGCCCAUAACCGGCGUUAGUGUCCAGACUCUACACCCAACGAAAUUCGAUGACGGAGAAAUCCUUCUACAGACCAAUCCGCCAAUCAGCAUUCCUCCUAAAACUCGGUACCGGACCCUCCACGACACACUUGCCGUGCAUGGAGCGGAACUGCUUCUGGAAACGCUCCGCCGGGGAUUAUUUGUCCCCCCACUCAACCCGGUAAAGAACGAUUACAAACCUUCACUUGCACCCAAAAUAGACCCAGAGAUCCACGCAAGGAUCAACUGGAUAUCACAGGAUGCAGAAGAAAUAGAGAGGCACUGCGGCACGCUCAAUACAGUGUGGUGUAAACUUUCUUCCGUCGAAAACCCAGAAUUGGAACGAAGGAAGCGUGCCAUAUUAUCUGGCGUGAGCGCUUUUGAGCGUCCAGAGCGAGCGCCGGAGGAAACAGAGAUCAAGCCGGGCACUUUCCGACACCUGACAGUGAUAAAUGACGGGCGUUCGUACGAAACCAUGAUUGUGAAAUGCAGAAAGGGGGGGGGAUGGAUUAGUGUUGAGGGAAUCAAAAUUGAGGGGAAGAGGCUUGUGAGUGCGGGAGAGUGGGCAAGAAGUAUUCUCGCGCAGGCAGGCAAAGGCGGUAAAAUAUUUGCUUGAGAUAGUCCGUGGGACUGGGCGAAUACUCUCCGGUGGGCGGAAAUUAGCCAACGUUUGUUGUAUGCUGUAACCCUCGCCUUGCACUUAGACUUGGUGGUUUAAAUUGGGAACUCCUGUCUGGUCUAUUGGGGUGGGCCUUUUUGUGAUUGCUAUUUUGUGGAGAAGCUUUUGAUCUUAAUAACUCAAUCGACAACACUUGAUUUGUGGACGCUUUAGUUUAUACCUCCUUCCCGGCAUUACAGCACUAAACCGGAGCCUAUAUCGAGUUUCACGGGGCCUAUCGAAUUACCCUUCAAUAAAAACAAAUCUCUUCGAUCAUUAAAUUCUCAAUGUGCCUAUAAACUAUUCCAGAGACUAUCAAUCCUACUAGGGAUUUCAAUUUCACGACAUGAUAGACGAGCGUGCCGAACCGUACAAGGCCGAACCUCUCAAAGAAACGACUUGAGGAGCCGUUUAUAUGCGUCCUUCCUAGACCCUAUUACGUAGUCUGGUUACCUACAAAAGUCAGUGGAGAUAUUCCUAAGAUUCCGUAUUGCGGUCGAGUAGGCCCUGAGACGACGGCCUGGUCGCCCGGGGUCGUAUUGCUUCUGUCCGGAUCUGGAGACAAGUUGGGAUAUAGCCAUGUCUUG